AUGGGCACUCAUUCGCACCUGAUGCACCCGAUGUUAGCUGCGAUCUUUUUUGGUUUCAUUGGGUUAAAGUACUGCGCCCAGGAGUACUGCGACCCUUCGUAUUGUGGCACCAGCAUCAACGUUGGCUGCAAUCCUCCACCAUUGACCGGGGGGCCGCUCUGCACUGGCAAGAAUGCUAGCGUCGUAGUGAUUAAUGCCACCAUUCAGGCGCUUAUCCUCUCCGUGCACAACCGGCUACGCAAUCAGCUGGCGAUCGGGAACCUGGCCGGAUUCGCGAGCGCACAACGUAUGCCUACGCUAGCCUGGGAUGAAACCCUCGCUGCCCAGGCUGGCCAUAAUGCUCGGUCUUGUAACUUUGCUCACGAUGCGUGCCGUAAUACAGCAAAGUAUGCGUACGCAGGGCAGAAUCUAGCGACGCUGAGCUUUUCCGGUCAAAGCAAGACAGUGGAAUCGCUGGUAAGGAAAAUGGUGGGCGCUUGGUGGAGUGAGUACCAGGAUGCCACACAGGCGCUUGUCGAUCAUUUCCCAAGCAACUACACCGGGCCAGCGAUCGGACACUUUAUGCAGAUGGCAAGCGACCAAGCGUCGGUCAUUGGAUGUGCGAUGCAGUACUGGGUGGAAGAUAUGUUCGAAAUGUAUUACCUGGUGUGCAACUACGAACGGUCUCCCUUUAUCAAUGAAGCGGUCUAUAAGAAGGGUGCCGUUGCAUCCGAGUGCACCACCGGCACUAACCAGGAGUACGUUGGACUUUGCGCUUUGAGUCGAGCGAAUGAACCUUCCCGUACUUACAUUGUCAAGAAUCCAGCGCGAAUCACCCAUGACCAAGCGGUCAUUUAA